AUGAAACUUCUUCACUGCCCAGUCACCCUCGCUUUCACUUCCGUUCUCCUCGUCACGGCUCUUGUGAUUGAUAAAGAUAAGACCCUCCAGCUUCGCUCGUAGGUCCCCUCUUAUGAACCUUUCUGUUCUUUACUAACUUCCCAUCCUCAACAGUCCAUGCGUUGAUGACUGCAAUUCGGAAGCCGUCGUUGUGAAGAGACAUGGAAAGAUUGAUGGUGAUCCCGAACCAGACCUGGGAAAUGCGCACGCCAAAAGAUAUGGAUACAUCGCAGAACCACCACCCAGAGUAAUCAAAGGGGACCAGAAGAGACAACUUGCAACAGGCCGAGAAAAUGAGAAUGCUAUCGGCAAGAGAGAUGAAGAUAUCUCAGCACGUGGCGAGUCUCUAUUCUCUGGCGUGACAGGGUCAAUCCGCACAAGAUACAAGAGACUCGUGGAGAGUGGAGAUCAUGGGCCAGUUCCACCAAAAAAAGGCGGACACAAGAGGCUUGUUAAGAGCAAUGGUUCACCUCCUAUUGACACUGGGCACAAGCACAACAAGAGAGAUGGACGUGUGACCCACGAGGGCGCACUUCCUAUCGAGCCUAACAAGCACAACAAGAGAGGAGGAACCCACGAGAGUGAGCCUCCUCUGUUGACUUGUAUUGAUGCCCCUUGCCUUAACAAGCACAACAAGAGACAUGGAAGUCUUGCACCGGCACCCCCAUUACCAGGGCCACCUUCUAUUCAAAGACUUAAGAAAAAGAAUACGGAGAACGAGAAAAUAAAAGUGACCCACGAGGGUGAGCCUCCUCUGUCGGGUUGUCUUGAUUGCAAGACCAAGAACACAGAGAACGAGAAAAGAAAAGUGGAGAGCCCUGGCUCACCUCCUUUUUCGGGUUGUAUUGAUUGCACGAACGGCAAGCACAACAAGAGACUUGUUACCAGCCCUGGCACACCUCCCACUAUUGACAGCGAUAAUGGCAAGAAGCCCGCGACUAGGAAGGGACAUUGA